GUAAAUUCGGCCCUGAAAUGAUUUUUUACUUUCAGGAACUACUGAAAAAUAAACCAAGCUCGACAAGUAACCAAAGAUGAGCGCAGGAGAAUGUAACCCCGCCGCCACACCCACCUCUUGUGUGGACGUGCAAGGAGAUGGACGAUGGAUGUCUUUGCACAAUCGCUUUGUUUCGGACAGCAAGGGCAAGGAACCUGACGUCCUGUUUGUUGGGGACUCUCUUGUACAGCUUUUGCACCAAUUUGAGGUGUGGAGAAAGUUGUUUUCUCCCCUCCACACUCUAAACUUUGGUGUAGGCGGUGAUGCCACACAGCACGUCUUAUGGAGGCUGGGCAAUGGAGAGUUGGACCACAUCAGCCCGAAGGUUGUGGUUCUGUGGGUGGGCACCAACAACCAUGGCCACACUGCAGAGCAGGUCUGUGGAGGCAUCAUGGCUAUUGUCCAGCUCAUCAAGAACAAGCUGCCCAAUGCCCACACCCUCGUUCUGGGAUUGCUACCCAGGGGUCGGUUGUCCAACCCUCUGCGAGAGAAGAACAGCCUGGUUAACCAGCUAGUCCAGGAGGGUGUGUCUUCACUCCCCCACGCCUCCUUUCUCAACGUGGACCCCGGCUUUGUGCUGUCAGACGGAAGCAUCUCCCACCAGGAUAUGUACGACUACCUCCACCUCACACCCAAGGCCUACCACGCCGUGUGCACGCCCCUACAUGCACACGUCAAGACCCUGCUGGAGAGACCGGCAGAGAACUGAAGACCCCCCCCCCCCCGCCUUACACUUGAUACCCACUUUCCAGAACAUACACACUACUGUAGUCUCCCCCCUUUCCCUCCCCCUGCCCUUCAGUCCUGAGGAAUGUGAUGGUGUACAGUUUUUGGUCCCAGCAACACACUGUUAAGAUCGAUGUUCCUUGUUUUAACUCGAUCGACAAGGCCCUGGGGGUUUCCUCCAGAGAUCAGUGCUGUGCUGAUCAGCGCUGUUCAGUGCUGUGCUGAUCAGUGCUGUGCUGAUUAGUGCAGUGCUGAUUAGUGCUGUGCUGAUCAGUGCUGUGCUGAUCAGUGCUGUUCAGUGCUGUGCUGAUUAGUGCUGUGCUGAUCAGUGCUGUGCUGAUCAGUGCUGUUCAGUGCUGUGCUGAUUAGUGCUGUGCUGAUUAGUGCUGUGCUGAUCAGUGCUGUGCUGAUCAGUGCUGUGCUGAUCAGUGCUGUGCUGAUUAGUGCUGUGCUGAUCAGUGCUGUGCUGUGCUGAUCAGUGCUGUGCUGAUUAGUGCUGUGCUGUACCAAAAACAUGCCUCUUGCUCUCCUUCCCCAAGGCCAGGCUUGUUCACCACUGUGCUGCUCUUCAUGGGACCGUUACUUUCGAUCAAAUUGUAGAAGCUCUGAAAUAAGCUCCUGUUGUUUUGCUUGUCAGUAACAGCUGAUGUUUUUUUUCUUAGGUUACUGGUAGAAGAUAUUAGAAUUUGUCAAAGAAAUUAUGAUCUCAUCGCUAUCCCAUAAAAUAGUUUUAUUCCAUUAUAUUCACAUUUCUUGUAUAUUAUCUUUUUCCUCCCUGUUUUGGACUUCUGUCAGUUUUGUUAAGUAAAUGUUAUUUUUGGUUAAGGCAGAGACUGAACGCCAAAAGGAUGCCACAAUGUCAUUGAAUAGGGCAAUGCUUCACUCUUUUGACAGUGAUUAUACCUGUCUCGUACUUGUUUAUGCUUUUUCAGCCGUUUGUAUCGAACCUUGCCAUUUGUUUUGAUUCUGUUUGCAAUCUGGGACGAAUGUGUCUGUACAAGAUUGUGUUGAUAGUAUGUUGCUUCAUGAAGAGAAAAGGUAUGAUUUUUUGUGUGUUACAUUUCCCUGUAAGACUGUAUGUUAAGUGCUUCUGUGGGCCUAUCAGGGCCCAUCUUGCUUGAUAAGCGAGGUGUUGCCUCAUUUCAACAACAGUUAUGUGAGUAGAGCUGUGAUGGCUGUGAUGGCAAAACAUUAAAAUGAUCUGAAAGUUUA